AUGGCGGCGGCUCCCGCUCACGCACUCACAGACACAGAUUCGAGGCAAGUAACCGCUGAUGAUCUCUCUGUGUUGGAAAAAGGCCUGGCGGCAAUGCUGCAGGACCUACGCACCUCUAUGAAGACUGACUUCCAAGCUGCGGUCUCUGACAUGCGCAAAGACAUCCACGCAGUGGGGACACGGGUGAAUGCGCUAGAAGAAAAAACUGAUGAGCUUUGCCACAUGAAUGACACCAUAGUGGAGAAAAUACAAAGGGUGGAAGCUGAUAACAAACACCUUAUGGAAAAACUGGCAGAUCUGGAAGACCACUCCCGCCGCAAUAAUAUCCGCGUGCGCGGGGUACCAGAAACAGUGACACAAGAAGAGUUGCCGGCCUACCUACUGUGA